AUGGUCCGUAGUCCAUCGAUCCAUGCUUUAGAUUCUCCACAUCAAUUUUUGUCAGUGAGUAAGCAAGGAUAUAGUCAAAUGGAACAUUUCGCUUCUGCUAAUGACGAAGCAUUCACUUUCACGUUUGGUGCAUUUUUGGUGCAUUUUAUUGAUCAACGCUUUGGUUCUUAUUUCAAGCGAUCAAAAAUGUCAACUAGAAGAAACAGAAAUGAUGAGAUUAUAUUAACUGCUGCAGAAAAACGAAGACGGAUGAUUGAAUAUGCGUCUCUCAAUUAUAAACACUCAAUUGGACCAUGGUCGCUUAGACAACGAACAGAAAAGAAGAUGGCGCUGAAAGAUCCAGUGGCAUAUGUAAGGGAAUGCUCUGAACAAGUUGUUCUUGAAGACAGAAAAAUAGAAAUGAUAGAAAAAAUUCCUGAUGAAAAAAGAAAAAGAGACUCUUUAUUUCCAAAUGGAAUCAAUCCAUUCCUCGCGGCUGUGGAAGAGCGUAAUAAACGCAAACAAAAUAUUUCUGAAUUAAAGGAGAAUUUAACACUUAAUCAAAGCAGAGGAACAUCCCAAUUGUCUUCAAGCGUAAAAAAAUUAGCUGGAUCAACUUUGGAAAUGAGGACACCUCAGUUAAGUUUACAUUUCGGUCAAGACGAUCUCAAUAUUUGUUUACGUAGGAUUUCAACAAAAAAUUUAGUUAAAUUGAAAGCUGCUAUCGAACAAGUUCAGAUGGAAAGGACUGUAGAAGAAUCAAAAAUGAACGCUGUCGACAAAUGCAACUGCGCCACCACUUUCCCUUUCAGUUCAGAACAAUCGAAAGUAGAAAAUUCAAAUGCAGAUCUAAGCCACAGUUGCACUAAAGAAAAUUAUUGUACUUCGACUCCAAAUUAUGGAUGUCAUCGUCAGUUAUUUUUUCCUUAUUGCGGCUCUGUUGUAAAGAAAAUUGAUGGAAUAAAUGAAGAGCGACAGUUAGCUCAAAUUCUUUCCAAUCAGAGAAUAAUGAUACCAUUAGUUUCAGCUUCACCCUCGGUUGUAAUCGAUGGUUUACUAUCACUCAUACUUAAGAUUCCAAAAGUAAUUAUUUCUUCCUCUAACGCUUCAUUACUUUGCAGUGUUCACAGUUAA